AUACUUUAUUGACAAAUUGAUUAAGGAUUUUGUUCUUUUUUUAGUAAAUUGGAAGUCUGUACAGUAAUCAGGGAAGAAAUUUGUCCAUAAAGGUGUAAAAUUGUUUGGAGAGACGCCAUGUCAGGUAGCCAGAGGAGAAGUCGGUCCUUUGAGAGGGACUUGGAUGACCGACACAGCAGGAGAACUUUUGUCGAAGUCCCCGAGCAAAAAGAAUCAAAGAAAAUGGGUAGUCGAGAGGAGAGAGAUUCUGUGAAAAGUGAGAAAAAUACCAGAAAUGAAUUACGGAAGGAAGAUAGAGAGGAUUCUAAAAUUAUCCAAGUGAAGGAAAUAGAAGAUCAUAAAGUGAGGAAUAAAGAGGAGGAGGAAGAGCAACACCUGCGGGAGUAUGUCUUCUCAAAACGAGGCAUUGAACCCCAGGAGGCGAGAAGGAUGAAAGAAAACGGAGAUCUAAGGCGGACUAAAGACGCCAGAGACAGCAGGCGCGGGAAGGAGAGAGCCAGUGGUAAACACGAUAAAGAGAAGAGGAAAUCAUAUCCCACUGAGGAAAAAGUAGGGAGUAGGCGAGUUAGAACUCCACGGAGGACGAGAAAGCCCUCGCCAGUAAGGUCGGCCUCAAACACUUCGUGGACGUGUUAUGAUGAAAAUGAUGACAGCAUCGCUUAUAUUGUGUAUGAGAGGCUGACCAAUGGCGGGCAAGACGAGUGGGAGAAUGAGGACAUCACGUUGGAGAGAGGUAACCAAGGACUGGGCUUCAGUAUCGCCGGCGGCACAGACAACCCACACAUCGGGUCCGAUACUUCCAUCUAUAUCACCAAGCUGAUACCAGGCGGGGCAGCGGCCAAUGAUGGGCGACUGCAGAUUACAGAUGUCAUAGUCUCAGUUAACGAUAUUAGUGUUGUCAAUGUUCCUCAUGCAACGGCGGUUGAUGCUCUUAAACGUGCUGGUAACACUGUACAUUUGUGUGUGAAGCGACGUAAGCGUCCCCCAAAUGUUAUGCUUCUGGAGGUUGAGUUGAUAAAAGGAAACAAAGGCCUCGGAUUCAGCAUCGCUGGUGGUAUCGGAAAUCAGCACAUUCCUGGUGACAAUGGCAUCUACAUCACAAAAAUCAUGGAAGGGGGCGCGGCGCAUGUCGACGGUCGUGUGUGUGUUGGGGAUAAGUUAGUCGCUGUAAGAGAUACUCCAUCCGGAGAUGUAAAUCUAGAAAACGUAACCCACGAAGAUGCCGUAGCUUGCCUCAAAUCGACCAGUGACCGCGUGGUGCUGGUGCUAGGUAAGGUGGUCGCUCCUCAGACUAAUGCCACCACGGACCUGGUUCCUCCUCCCUUACAAUCGUCUGAGACCCAUCAGCACCAAGACCUCACGCCCCCACCCCCGACGCCACCUCCUGCACCGCUUGACAUCUCCUCAUCCCACAAUGAACUACUGAUGGAGGCCCCUUCACCCCCUGAUGAUCUUGUUUCUAGAGAACCUCGCAGAGUGAGCCUAUCGAAAGGCACGACAGGUUUGGGUUUCAAUAUCGUGGGUGGCGAGGAUGGGGAAGGAAUAUUCAUCUCUUUCAUCCUGGCUGGGGGCCCUGCUGACCUCUCAGGAGAACUAAGGCGAGGUGACCAAAUCCUUAAUGUUAACGGCACUGAUCUGCGCGUUGCUACACACGAACAGGCUGCUCAGACUCUAAAGGGAUGUGGACAGACAGUGAACUUGACAGUGCAAUAUAAACCUGAUGAGUACAACCGCUUUGAGGCCAAAAUCCAUGAUCUUAAGCAGCAGAUGAUGUCUGGCACUCUCAGAACCACACAGAAACGCAGUCUCUACGUCAGAGCUCUGUUUGACUAUGACCCCAACCGUGAUGAUGGUUUGCCUUCCCGUGGUCUUGCCUUCAACUACGGAGAAAUACUUCACGUCACGAAUGCCUCUGAUGACCAGUGGUGGCAAGCCAGACGCGUCCUACCCACAGGCGAAGAAGAGGGCACUACAGGAAUCAUCCCUUCUAAAGCCCGAUGGGAAAAGAAGCAAAAAGCUCGACUUCGGUCUGUGGCAUUCCAGGGCAAGAACAACAAUGAUGCUCGGCAAUCAACACUAGAGAGGAAGAAGAAGACGUUAUCAUUCAGUCGAAAAUUCCCAUUCCUGAACAAGAGCAAAGAUGACAAGUCAGAGGACGGUUCAGACAAUGAGCUCGAUGAGGACUUUGAAGCCUCCAUAGCAACAAAUGACGGAGAGAGCGAUAGCCGAAGCAUGAGAGGCGAUGACUACAUAAUCUUGAGCUAUGAAGGUGUGCAGCAGACGGAAAUCGCAUACACGCGGCCGGUGGUUCUCCUUGGGCCCCUCAAGGACAGAAUUAAUGACGACCUUAUAUCAGAGUUCCCGGAUAAAUUUGGCAGCUGUGUACCACACACUACCCGGCCUCGGCGGGAGUAUGAAGUUGAUGGUCGGGACUACCAUUUUGUAGCCUCGAGGGAACAAAUGGAACGAGACAUCCAGAAUCACCUAUUCAUCGAAGCUGGCCAGUAUAAUGACAAUCUCUAUGGAACGUCAGUAGCGUCUGUUAAAGAAGUUGCUGAAAAGGGCAAACAUUGUAUCCUUGAUGUGAGUGGCAAUGCUAUCAAAAGACUUCAAGUUGCACAACUUUACCCAAUUGCCAUUUUCAUUAAACCCAAGUCUGGCGAACAAAUUAUGGAGUGGAAUAAGAGAAUGACGGAGGAGCAAGCACGUAAAACAUACGAGCGAGCUCUAAAGGUAGAAGGAGAUUUUGGCGAGUACUUUACAGCAAUAGUGGCUGGUGAUACCCCAGAGGAGGUUUAUGCACGUGUCAAGGAUCUCAUUCACCAACAUUCUGGCCCAAAGAUCUGGGUCACUUGUAAGGAAAAGUUAUAAGAUCAGGAGAGUUCCCUUAUGGGCUCAUCCUGGAUAACCUAUGCUUGAACAUUUUGUUGUUGCAUGAUAAAAGGAAAUGUCUCAUUAAGGGCAAUUGUUUCUUUCCAUUGUAUGGACUACUAUUGAUGCUUGAAAAUAUAAUACAGAUACACCCAUUGAACCUGGAACAAUCCAGAUAGAUUGUAUUUCUAAAAGGAAUAGAAUAUUCAGCUGUACAGCUGAGAACCCUGUAAUGGGCUGAAGAUUAUUUCCUCAUGUAAAGGCUCUUGCCUAUUUUAAGUCUCAGUGAACCUAUUGAUUUUUUAAGAUAUUAUUCUAGAGAUAUUAUAUUCAUAUAUCUCAUCAUGGUGAAACCCAUACUAUUGAAACUUUUAAUUGUAUUAUAAGAGUUUUAUGCCUUUACUGCAGCGUGAGGGGAAACUGUGUAUGUUGGACAAUGUUAGUUGGUGAUCAUCAGCUCUUACUAUCCAAAUCCCAACUGCAUUUCUGAUGGGAGUACCCGACAGUGUUGUAUGUAUUCAGAUAAUUUUCUUAUCUAAGCCUAUGUGACUCAGGAGCAGUAUCUUUAAAAAAAUAAAAAAAAGGCAUUGAUAUCUGAACUUACGGAUACCAAGAGUAGGUGUAUGGAGUAUAAAUUAGGUCGGCAAUACAAGGAAUAAGGUACUUAACAUUUGCCCACAAUUUGUUUUCUUCAUCUUCUUUCACAUCCCUUACUGAAAACUGUUGUCAGACUUUUGCCAUUUGAUCUCUGCCCAGCUCUGUGAUGUAAAGUUGAAACAUAUAGUUAUUAUUAUUAUCUUUAUAUUUUAAUUUCACAUACUAGUUGUUUCUUAUGCAUUAUGUACCAAGAUGUUCACUACAAGUGAGGUGUAUGUAUCUUCAUUUUAAAGAUUAAGAUAAAUAUGGAGUUAAAAAUAUAUUUCCAAAAUAUUGUUGUAAGAAACAAGAAUUAAUUAGUUUAUGGUAAGGUCAUGUAAUACAUUAAUUGUCAAAUUUGGUUGGCUGGGAUUUAUAGCAGACUUGAUGAGUGUAGCACCACCUGACCAAUCACUGCAUUGGUAAAAUGGUGAAUAGUUAUGAUAAACACAAAUUCUAUGUUCCUGGUGGAAAGCAGACAUUGGUAAUGAAAAUUUGACAAUAUCGUGUAGACUGCUGGCAAUUGCAAGUAGUAGAUGUAAACCAUUUUGUUGUUCUGUAUAUGAAAAGUAGUAUUCCAGUCUUGGCUAAUGAGCCUCGUGUUGGAAAAGAAUAUCGCAAAUUAUUCUGUGAGAUGCAUUUUGAAAGUGCCGACUGCAUGAUGGUGCAAUGAACCACAUGUCUUGUUUGAUAAUGAACUCUCAGGAGUAGAUGUCCUCCUCCAAAUCUGGCUUGAAGUGAGCUUUGAUAUAGAGGUCAGAUUGAGAAACCAAAGUAGUUAUGUGACAAGCAGCUGUGUUACCCCAGACAUGUGUUGGGCAAGGUUCACCUCUCCUGUGUUGAAUAUGAGAGAAGUUGAUCCUCAAGAGAAUAAUAUUACUUAAGGCAGAAAGUUGCUGCUGAACCACAUCACCAAUGUUGAUGCUGUAAUCUCAUACCUUGUUUAGAACUAGUGCUUUAGGUCACAGCCAACAAUGAUAGAAAGCUCAGGUUCUGUUUGUCUUGGACGCUUAUCAGGUGCAGACGGCAAUACAAAUAAUCAAAUGAUAGCAAAGGAGACAGCAGAACUGGAGUGAGUUGUAUCAUUCAUGGUGGUUGACUUAGUCUUAUCUCCACGAUCCUCCCUGAUUGUUCUUGUACCAGUGGUUAACAGAAUAGGAAACUUCACCAAUUUUUGUGAUUUUUCACUGAUGUUCUCUAAAAGUAAGAAUAAGGAAUAUGAGCCUUAUAGAAAAUCUUGGAAAUUGGUGACUGACCAAUAACUACUGUACCACAAAAUGAUGUAUAAUGUGUUCAUGGUUUCAUUUAAAGUGAUGAAUGCCUGGUCACUUUUUGUUACAUGAGCUGUUUCUUGUAUCAUAGUAUGGAUGAAAUGUUGAUAGGUUUUUAAGGUUCUGUCCUUGUGUCUCGGCUAUAAACCAGAUUGUUAAGUGAUAACCCUAUGUGAACCCCAGGACUACAACAAGAAAAAUCUAUAAUGCCAAAAUGGAGAGACUGUGAGUUUUUAAAUUGCUAUAGCUCUUUUUAUCAGAUCGCACUGAUGAUACCAACUUAAGUUUAGUAUCAUCACGUGUAAGCCAAAUUUUUAGCAAAUAUUUAAAUAAUAAAAUUUAAGAAUUAAAUGUCUCCGUCUCUGCCAGUUGAUCGUGUGUUUGGGCUUUCCUUAUUAUUGUAAGCUUCAAUAUUGACAAAAAACUAACUGAUAUACAGUAUCUAAAGAGCUUUCAAUUUCUACAUUACCAAAGCAACAUUGUAUUACAUUUUAUUAUCAACAUCAGUUUAUUGUUUGUUAGUCCUAUCAAAUCUUAAUGUACAUUAUAUGGGGUAAGACCAAGAGAACAAGUUCUAAAGAUGGGGAGACUAAACAUAAGUUUUAGUGACUGUGGUCUUGGUAUUUGAUUGGUAUCAAGUAGUAAUGCUUACAUGAUAUUAAACAGCCCGAAAGUGCUGAAUCCUAGAGAGAGAGAGAGAGAGAAAGAGAGAGAGAGAACGGUUAUCAUGUCGUUGUUACAAGUGUGAGUUUUACAAAUUAUUGUUAACAUAUUUUGUCAAUGACCUAUUUAUCUGUAUUCCCUAUGAUCUAAAGGUAACUUCCUGUGUUAUAGCCAUGGUGCCAUCUUAUUUUUAUCCUAUUUUUGAUCGUUUUUUGUCAUCCCAUCGUUAGCUCUGCAUUGUUUGUAUGUACUGUAAGUUGGUGUUUGUAAAUAUGUAGUGUAAUGAUACAGUGGGAGCUUACAGUAGUAGAUUUUUAAUUCUGUUUUGUAAUUUCUUUUUUAGCACAGGACUUGUGCAGUGUACAGUAUAUUAAUUUAUUAUGUUUUCCACACGCUCCUCAACCUCUGUCGAGGUUCUCAGACUAAUAUGUGUAGACAUUUUAUAUGAUAUGGACUUUGUUGUAUUAAGAGAUUCUUUUAAUUUUUCUAUUUAAAAGCACACCCAGGAUGAUGAGUCUUUAAAUGGUAUAUGGUUAGGUUAGCAGUUUUUCAAUAUAUGCAGUUGAAUAUUUUAUAAUUGCCUUCUUUGAUAGACUCUCGUGAACUACACAGAUACAGUUUGUUUUUACAUUUUAAUGUAAUGUUAUUCCUAGAGCUGAUGAAAAUCUCAUGAAUUACAAAUACUAGUCAUUGGACACUGAAGGAUGAUUUAAUGUAUUUUCUGUUGUUGUGUUAAAACUUAAUUGACAAUAACUGAGCUUAUCGCAUGCUCAUACGGAACCAUAGUGAUGGCGUGGGUAGUGCGUCUUGUUGAAAUGUUGUAAGUAUAUAAGGUAAGUUAACUGGAAAUUUCCAAUAUUCACAGAGUGUCAGGUUGUGGUAGGAGUUAGACACUGAAAAAUCACAUUGUUAGCAUUAGAUUGCACACAAACAUUAAACCUAACCAUUUACCAUACAAAAACAGGUCAUAUUGGGUUACUUGUGUUGGCUCUGCUACCAGAUAUCAAAACUGACGGCCUUGGACAUAUUCUUUUAAAGUCAGGGUUGAUGGCAUCCUUUUACUUGACAGUAUGCCGCUGCUUGUGAUGCAUGUGGGAACUGCUUGUCCAGUUGACCCAUUCCAGUUACAUAAUAUAGAAUUUAUGUGCAGUGAUAGAGAACAGUUAGGAUUCUCUCAUAAGAAAUCAGUAUGAACUUUCUCUUACAUUAAGUCACUGUUGCCUUGAUGACCAGCCAGUAACAGUGCCCUUGACAGCAUCGAUUCAUACCAACUGUUUUCUUUAGAUCACUGGGCACUUAUCUGUCUGUUGUGUUGUUACAAAAUAUUAAGAGUGUUGUGUCUGAAUGGACUUAUCAAUACCUUCUUUUGUAAGACAAUAAUAACUAGGCAUAGUUUAAAACUUGAGUAAUACAUGUCUCAUAUUGCAGAGAAUUAAGAAUUCUUGUAAUUGCAGUUGUCUAACAUUUGUUGGGAAUAUUACAUAUAUUGUAAAGCUGGAAAGGUAAGAAAUAUGUAAGCUUUAGCUGUUUAUGACGACGAUUUUGUUUGCUCAACGUCUAACUUGCCACCAGUGUCAGUGACAGAGCCUCUUUGAUUAUCCAUUUCCUUCAUAUUGUGAGUGGCACCAUGGCUACAACCCCUUCUCUGCAUAAAACCCUUAAUAUUUGCAGCUUCAGUGGCCUGCCCAGUGCAUCCUCUGACAACCUUCCCCAUCCCUCCCUUCAACCCCCGUAUUGUAAAUACAACAUUAUCUCAAAAUA